AUGCGGUUGUCUUCCCUUCUCACACUGGCAUGUGCUAUCACGGCUUUCAUUCUUUCUAUCCUCAGUCUCCUUGCUGGUGAUAAGCGGACAUUCCUCCAGGAUACCGAAAUACUGACACUCAACAUCUCCCGGCUCGGUCACGGGAGUCUAUUUACCUCUAGUAGCGACAGCGGGUUGCUCUCGGGCUUGAGCAGCACCAUUCAGCAGGAUAUCAACGACAUAAUUGGCGAUGCAACGACCGACAUUGCUUCACUCCUGGGCCUCCCCGAUUUCUUCAAUGUCCAUGCCACAGACUACUGCCAGGGCGAUUAUUCGCCAAACUCCACUGUGCACCAUGCCAAACACAAUGUAACUCAUUGCUCGAAGUCGACCUUGGGCUUCCACUUCCAGCCCACGAAGAUUGUUCAGGAUCUUCUGCCGGACGGAAUCACCUUGGACGACAUCCACUGGCCAAGCGACAUAACAAAUGCGGAACACACCAUCAAAGUGGUCAGCCGUAUCAUGGUGAUCUUCUAUAUCAUCGGCAUCGUCUUGUCAGGUGUUGCCAUGUUCACUGCCGCCGCCGGUAUAUUCACCAAUGGCCGAUUGUCAGCGUUCUUCAACUGGCUGGUGGAUGUGCUUGCCUUUGUCACUCUCGGCGUCGCCUCGGCCGUAGCAACGGCCGUGAUGGUCAUUGCCACCAACCGAAUCAACAAGUACACAGAUCAGAUCGGCAUAGCUUCAAGCAAAGGCGGGAAAUUCCUUGCGAUGACCUGGGCGGCCACGGCAGUCAUGCUGCUGGCGUCGUUUGUGUCUCUUGUACAAUGCUGUGUGGGUCGACCCAACAGGGCCAAGAGAUAUGGCGGGAAAGAUGGUUACUGA